UGUCUCUCUCCGCCUCUGGAUAAACCCUCUGAAAAGCUUUGUUUAGAGGCCGAUAAUGGCGAUUCGUCUACGAUCAUAAAAUUAGGGCAUUUUAUCCUUUUUGUAUGUGUAAACAUUCACUCUCUAAAGGACAUGAGUUCGUUAUCGUUGAAUUUCUCGCGCUUGCUGUCUCCAUCUCCGCCUUCAUCGUCGUCUGCUCUGGUCAUUCGCGGACCUAAACUUUGUACUUUUUCUGUGAGUUUCCCGUUGAAGACGAAGACAACGACGGCUACGAGGAUUAGCAGCAGUAGAAGUUCGAUUCUUCGAGUUAAAGCUUAUGAUUCUUCUGAUAAACAGUCUUCUGAUUCAUCUGGAGAUUCUGCACCUCCAAAUGGCACUUUGCCAAAGACCCGAAGAGAUAUACUUCUGGAGUAUGUUCAGAAUGUGCAGCCUGAGUUCAUGGAGUUAUUCGUGAAGCGGGCACCUAAAAAUGUGGUUGAUGCAAUGCGCCAAACAGUGACGAAUAUGAUGGGGACGCUGCCUCCGCAGUUCUUUGCCGUGACAAUCACCACGGUCGCUGAAAAUCUUGCCCAGCUGAUGUUCAGUGUCAUGAUGACUGGAUAUAUGUUUAGAAACGCUCAGUAUCGUUUGGAAUUGCAACAAAGUCUGGAGCAGGUUGCUCUUCCUGAACCACAGCAUAAAAAGGAGGACGAUGAAAAUUAUGCACCCGGUACUCAGAAGAACGUUUCGGGGGAAGUUAUCAAGUGGAAUAAUGUUUCUGGUCCAGAGAAAAUAGAUGCUAAAAAGUAUAUUGAAUUGCUCGAAGCAGAGAUUGAGGAACUCAACCGUCAAGUGGCUAGAAAGUCUGCAAAUGAGCAGAACGAAAUUCUGGAAUAUCUAAAAUCACUUGAACCCCAAAAUCUCAAGGAACUGACGAGCACAGCAGGAGAAGAUGUCGCAGUGGCCAUGGAUGCAUUCAUCAAGCGGCUUCUGGCUGUAUCAGACCCUAAGCAAAUGAAGAUGAAUGUGACAGAGACAAGUGCAACUGAACUGGCGAAACUGCUGUAUUGGCUAAUGGUUGUAGGAUACAGCAUUCGCAACAUCGAAGUCCGGUUUGACAUGGAGCGUGUCCUCGGAACUCCUCCCAAGCUCGCCGAGUUGCCUCCCGGCGAAAUUGUCUGAACCAACUAUUCAUAGACCUGACUAAGAUUUUGAUGUGAAAGCUCUUCUCUCUUCUUAACCGGAAUUGGAAUUUAUGGCCGUAGACAAUAAUAUUUACAUUUACAGCUUCAGCUUUGAGAGAGUCCUUAAUAUCAAUAUAAACCUUACCUUCAAUUCA